CCAGCCCCUCAUCCUUCGAGCAAUGCUGUGAUUAUUUCUUCACUUCAUUAACCCCCCUUGAACCCGUUGUCCAAACUAAUAUAUCUUUCCAUCAGCCAAAGACUGUUCUGACAGUAUCCAUCACGACAAAAUGGAACAAGUGCGCACCAGAGUGAUAGAAAAAAUCAGUGACACCUUCAACGCAGUUGCAAAGCAUCAAGCCGCGUGGAUUGAGCCUGAUAUUCAGAAAGAUCUCGGUGUUAUAUGUGAGGAUCUGCACAUCACAACAGCUGGAACUCAUCAGGAUAAGCUCUCGCCAGUCUUCUUUGAUCCUCUCGGAGCGCACAAUGUCCCCUCCCCUCAUCCUACCCAUGAUCUGGGGCAAAAGUUUGUCAAGGAGAUCUUCGACAAUUGGGACAAACCCAGCCCGCAGCCACCAACGGUGACCGAUCAAGUUUAUAAGUUAGUGGACGGGAUACGAGACAUUUUCCGAACCAGCCGUCGCGAUGUUAUGUCAGAGACUGGAAGGUCGUUGCAGCUGCGGACUUACGCAAACCGGAUCGAAUGUGGGAAUAUCACACCGGACCUCAUUGCUGAAGAAUUCGAUGGCCUGUUUUGGGUGUCGCGUGACUCGAUGAUGGAGUACGCUUAUAUAGCUAUGGAUCAAUUCAACAAGCCCCACAUCCUGCUUGCAACUUUUAUGAAGUCUGAGGCAAAUGAUACGCUUUCCAAAUACAAGACUAUGGUCAUGUUGACGGUCAUGUUGACCCGGUUACAAAGUGAUAAUUGUCCCGACCACAGCAUCAUUCCUAUCAUGAUUAUCAGCGUCUUUCCCGGUCUUAAGCUCAGAAUCUUAGAGGCCCACUAUGAUUACAGAGGUCUCGUCGUUCGAAAAUCUGAUUUCCUUAGCUUCGCGAACAAAGAUUCGGCGAUCUCGAGCAUGGAUAUUGUGAUGAGUUUUAUGUGUUCCAAAAUGACCGGGAACACGACUGACAUGAACAUCAUGAUGGAUCUAGUAGCUGAAGUCCCUCUAGCCCUGUCCGAUAACUCGAGUCAGGAGUCUAGAAGCCGAGAGAUGGAAUCGUGGAGUAGGGGAUCUUUGUGGCGAAAUGUCAGUCAUUCUAUCAAGACUUACAUUUCGAAGAUCAAAAAUGCUCUUAACACCUGAUAGGACAGAGCGCUUGUGUGCGGAGGAUGUCUGGCUAGGUAGCACCUAUCGCUUCUGGCUCGUCGCCAACUUCCUGGGUUUAUCUUAGCGCACAUAACUGGGCACAUGAUGCCCAUGAGAUGAGAAAUUGUAUGUAGAAAGAACUGAAUGAGAAGAAUUGAGGUAAUCGCACGGG